UUGCCAGGAAAAGGCGGGGCGGGCCCCAUCCGCGCAGGCGUGGCGCGGCGCCUGCCGGGACUUAGCGUGUCCCUCGCGUUCCGCCUGGCCGAGCCAUGCGUCGGGCGGGACUCCAUGUCCCGAGAUGCUCUGCGGCGGAGGCCUGAGAAGGGGAGGGGCCGUGGGCUCGGAGCGAGUUGGGAGGGGGAAGGAGACGAAGGAGGAGCAGGAGGAGAAGGAGCGGAGUCGGGCGGCACCGGACGAAAGAGCGAGGAGGGGCGCCCGGGGUCGCGGGAGGAGGUGGCGGGCUGCCGAGCCCCGCCGGCACCGGGGUGGACGGGCGGACACGCGGCCUGCCGGCCGGGCAGGGGGCCGGCUAUGGCGGAGCCCAGCCCUGAAGAUCCGCCUCCAAACCUCAAACCAGAGACACAGCCUCCAGAGAAGCGACGGCGGACUAUUGAGGACUUCAACAAGUUCUGCAGUUUUGUCCUGGCCUAUGCAGGCUACAUCCCUUCCACUAAGGAGGAAAAUGACUGGACACCCUCCGGCUCAAACUCUCCCAUCCGCCCAGAGAGUGUGGUGGACAGUGAUGGCUGGGAAUCAACACACUCAGACCUGCACACCAUCGAGACCUUUGUGAAGAAGGCCAAGUCUUCAAAAAAGAAAGCGGCUUUCCGUCGGCUCAAGUCUGACAGUUCGCUGCUGGAGAAGAUGAAACUCAAGGACUCCCUUUUUGACUUGGACCCUGUUAGCAAGCAGCAGCAGCCGCCACUGGCGGGGCCAAAGGGGGGCCUAGAUAAGAAGAAGGACAAGCGGAGCCGGAAGGCCGCUCUGGAGACAGGGGGUGCCAAGCGGAACCGGGGCGACCCAGUGGGGGAGAAGCGCUCACGCAUCAAAAAGAGCAAGAAGCGGAAGUUGAAAAAGGCCGAGCGCUGCGAGAAGAAACACAAAGCUUCCCUGAGCGAGACGGACUCUGAGGAGGAGGAUGGGGCGGUGGCAGCACCUCUGCGACCAGGAGGGGAGGAGGGGGGGACGGCCACAGCACUGGUCUCUGUGCAGGCCCCUCCAGAGCUGUUGGCUGCCAGCUUCCCCAUAAAGCUGGAGGACACGGAAGGAAAGGGGGGUCUCAGUACGGAGACCAGCCAAGAUGGGGAAGGCAGCUCCAGCGAAGGCGAGAUGAGGGUCAUGGAUGAGGACAUCAUGGUGGAAUCAGGGGAUGACUCGUGGGACCUCAUCACUUGUUACUGCCAGAAGCCAUUUGCAGGUCGGCCCAUGAUCGAGUGCAAUCAGUGUGGCACCUGGAUCCACCUCUCCUGCGCCAAGAUCAAGAAGACCAACGUUCCCGACAUCUUCUACUGUCAGAAGUGUAAAGAAAGUUCUCGCAAGCUGCCGCCACCGCCACCCACACUUCCCGGUGCAGCCAUUGCCGUUGCAUCCAGAGGAGGUGGAGAACCCUAGCUCAGGACAGGAGGGUGGCUCUGUACUGGGCUUCCAUCCCAGAGGGGCAAAAGACUGGACCAGAGUAGGGUGUCUGCUCUGGAUUGGUAUCCAAAAACGAGCCUCAGUUCCGUGGAGGCAGAAAAAGAGGUGCUUGGGGUAUUUGAGGUGGUGAUAGUCCCAGCACCCAGGAGGGAGGUGGGGGAGGCUGCCCCUACAGGCAGAUUCUGGCUGGCAGUUACGAGCCCCUCACUUCAAACCCACUCCUCUUCUUUGAGGGUUGAUCCUAAUCCACCUCCAUAUUCUCUGAAUAAGAAUGUCAUUAGGAAGCUGAACGCGACGUGCAGUAAUUUGGAACGAAACUAUCAGGAAGGUUCCUGUUUCAUGUGCUGGGGCGCCCGUCAUGUUUGGGGGAGAGACAGAGAGGGCAUUAGGGAAAGGGGUGGGGUAGAGGCAUCCCUUGGUUUUUGUUCUAGCUUUCCCACCACCUCCCAUCCUCCCUUGCCCCAGUAAAGUUCACAUGUAAAUAGACCGAAUGCAAAAGGGUUUUUUUUCUUGAAUGUUCUUUUCUCCCCCUCAAAGUUGGAAGACUUUUUUUUUUAAUUGAUAACACUGACAUUUGUUUUAUGCCUCCUGAUGCAGGGGUGAGGAGCACAGAGUUCCUACUGAGGGAAUACUUGGGUUUACAGCCCAAGAAAGAGCGUGGGAGUAGCUGGGAUUUUAAAAAAAAGUACUUUUCUUUCUGUUAAACCUUUUUUUUCCUUUUGGAGGGGCCAAGUGAAUUUGUCCCCAUUGAAAUUGAAUAAUAUAUAUAAUUCUGGGAGAAAAUAGAAGGAUUUUGUAUAUUCCCCAGUAUUAAGAAACCUCCAAGGGAUUUGAGGGGGUGAACUUGGUCAGGAAAACCCUUGCAAUUUUGCUGGCUUCAAAAUAAAAAAGGGACAACCUAUUUGUAAGUGUUUUCUGACUGCUCCCACUGAGGUUCCAACACAGAGGGCUAGACAGAGUUUGGGUGUAAUAAAGAAUUAUAUACCCACUUAAAAAACCAAACAAACCAGGAAGUCCCCAACUAGAAUUUCUGUCCCUCUCGGAACUCCCGUUCUGGGUGCAAAUCCCACCCUUACCUGUUCCCCAUUUGAGGUUAGCUGUUCUGAUCGGUGGGGUUUUCUGGUUGGCUUCUGAUUUUUUUCUAACCUCCACCUCACCCGUUACACCCUUUUGUUUUAAUAUUUGAAACUGUAUACAUGGCAGAGUUUUCAAAUGUAAAUAAAAGAUGUGGACCCUUUUGCGUUUGUACAGAA